UCAGGAUUUCCAGCAGCAGCUUCUUCCUCCGACAGUCUCUGGCCUGGCUGGGGUCAGAGUUGAGGAACGGAAUCCAGGAAUCCAGCCGGGCCCUGCGUAGGCCUCCACCCUGGGGUCAGGAAGCCUGGAGGAUGAGGCCCUUCAGCCCUGAGGUUUCCCUAGACCGGCUCCAUACCAUGACAGCCCAGCUGUUUUGCAUCUGCAACCUCUUCCUGACAUCACUCGUCAUGGCCCAAGGCUCCAGGGGUCCUGUGGUACCUAACCAGCCCUUCGCCACCAUCUGGAACGCAAACACCCAGUCGUGUCUGAAGCAUGGCGUGGAUGUGGAUGUCAGUGUCUUUGAUGUGCUAGUCAACCCAGGGCAGACCUCCCAUGGCCCUGAUGUGACACUUUUCUAUAGUUCCCAGCUGGGUACCUACCCCUAUUACACGCCUGCUGGAGAGCCUGUGUUUGGAGGCCUGCCCCAGAAUGCCAGCCUGGAUGCCCACCUGACCCGCACAUUCCAGGACAUCCAGGCUGCCAUGCCUGCACCUGACUUCUCGGGGCUGGCAGUCAUCGACUGGGAGGCAUGGCGCCCACGCUGGGCCUUCAACUGGGACACCAAAGACAUUUACAGGCAGCGCUCAGAGGCACUGGUACAGGCACAGCACCCUGAUUGGCCAGCUUCUUGGGUGAAGAAGGCAGCCCGGGAGCAGUUCGAGAGGGCUGCGCAGGCCUGGAUGGCAGGCACCCUCCAGUUGGGGUGGGCACUGCGUCCUCUUGGCCUCUGGGGCUUCUAUGACUUCCCUGACUGCUACAACAAUGACUUUUCAAGCUCCAACUACACCGGCCUAUGCCCACCAGACAUCAGUGAGGAGAACGACCAGCUAGGAUGGCUGUGGCGCCACAGCUAUGCCCUCUAUCCCAGCAUCUAUGUGCCUCCAGCACUGGAGGGCACAGGGAAGACACAGAUGUAUGUGCGACACCGUGUUGGUGAGGCACUCCGUGUGGCUGUGGCUGCCAGGGACCCCAAUCUGCCGGUGCUACCCUAUGCUCAGAUCUUCUAUGACAUGACGAACCGCUUUCUGCCCGUGGAGGAGCUGGAGCACAGCCUGGGGGAGAGUGCGGCCCAGGGGGCAGCAGGAGUGGUGCUCUGGGUGAGCUGGGAAAAUACAAGAACCAAGGAAUCGUGCCAGGCCAUCAAGGAGUACGUGGACACCACACUGGGACCCUUCAUCCUGAACGUGACCAGUGGGGCUCGUCUCUGCAGUCAAGCUCUGUGUUCCGGCCAUGGCCGCUGUGCCCGCCGCCCCAGCCACCCUGAGGCCCUCCUCAUGCUCAACCCUGCCAGUUUCUCCAUCCAGCUCACUCCCAGUGGCAGAUCCCUGACCCUGCAGGGUGCCCUCUCACUUGAGGAUCGGGCACAGAUGGCUACAGAGUUUAAAUGUCACUGCUACAGUGGCUGGCGGGGACCACAGUGUGAGCAGCAGAGCAUGGGGUGAUUGGCCACACACUGGGUUGCACACAUCAAGCACUAAAUGCACUUUGGGCCUUG